CGUGGCCACAUGGAUGGAACCGUUUAUGCUAUCAUCGGCGGCUCAGGUGGCGAAUUGGAUCACGUGAUGGUAGAAGAUUGGAAGAUGUAUGUUAACACCAAAAAAACACAUCAUUAUGUACUAAUGGAGAUUUGGUCCGAUAAAAUUUCAUGGAUAGUUUAUGACCUGGAGGGUUCAGUGAUUGAUAAAUUUGAAUUGGGUAAAGGAACUAUUUUCUCUUAA